CCGCUGGAGCCCGACGUCGGUACGCGUACCUUUUAUCGUGUGUUCCGCGAGUGACUCGUACUUACGUGCGAUCUUUGAAAAUCUCCUGGGUGAGAUAUUUUGUAGAUAAUACGAGAAAUUAAAUCUCCUGCUCUCAUAAGGGAGGAAAAUUACUAACAUAACUUGUGUUCUUGUGUUGAAAGUUUACCCAAGAAUAAGAUUCUUCUUUUCUGGUCACUGGAAAAUUGUUGCUUGAAGGUUUAACCAAGCCGCAGCCAUUGCUGACGCUGCAAUACCAGACCAGAAAUUAAGGGCAUAAUGAAGAUGAGUAAGGUGGGUAACCAGACCAACUCGCAGGACCCCCAGGCUGUCAAUUCCAGAGUGUUUGUGGGAAACCUCAACACCUUCCAAUGCAGCAAGACGGACGUGGAGAGGAUGUUCCAGAGAUAUGGACGCCUUGCUGGGAUUUCCAUGCACAAGGGAUACGCCUUUGUACAAUUCACCAACCCCUUUGACGCCCGGAGUGCCUGCCUGGGGGAGGACGGACGAACCGUGCUGGGACAGACCUUAGAUGUCAACAUGGUCGCAGAACCAAAACCACACCAAACCGGCAGAAAGAGACAAAACGUCGCUAAAACUGGAAAUGACUGGGAUUAUUACUACGACAGUUACUACGCCUCCGCGCAGUUCCUAGCGCCUAGACUGGUGCCGCCCCUGAAGCGUCCUCGUCUGAUGGGUGCAACCCCCGUGAGGGCGGCGGCGAAGGCGGCGGGGGCGGCACAGCACAAGCAGUCCAGCCCGCCGCCCCCGACCCCUCUACCUCUCGGCCAACUCAAGGUGUACAGCAACCCUGACAUUCUGAUCUGCGGCAACUGUAGAGAGAUGUUCACAGAGCUGCAAGAGUUGGUAGAACACAAGAAGACAUACUGCAAACUGCGGUUCACCUGCAAGUGUACCACCACCAACGGAGCGUAUGCUAAGUCGCCGGGCCACGACACCGCAGCGCUGCUCUGUGUGCAAUGCAAGGACUCCUUCCUGAGCGCCUGGGACCUGAUGGAACAUGUCCAGGCGGCGCACAUGCUCAACAUCUACGAGCUAGGGUCCUCCAAGAGCUCCAGACUGUCGCCCACCCUGGAGACUACACCACCUGUCUCACCCAACGGCAAGGAGGACGACAAGUCAGUUGGGGACCAGGAUGAGGCGAUGACGUCACCCGUAGAUAUGGAGGAUGAGCUUCUAGAAGUAGAGUCCACCGCGCAGGCCUGUAUCAUGCACGCCCUGCGUAUUGACUCUGCCUCAUCCAUGAUUGAAGGAGAUCACAUCAUGAAACCCUUGAUCAACGGGGAACUCAAGGCCCAAGAGUGAGCCGAGACUCAUUUAGUCCUUCAUCCAGUAUUAUACCCAAUGUUUCUCCAGUUUUGUAUAGAAAAAUAAAUAAAAAGGUCCAUAUCACUGUAAAUCAGCAACAUUUUAUAUUCCUUCAUUUGGAAGCUUAGUUUGAUAGUCGGGGAUCAUGACUGUGGGCACCACUCCAGGGCGGAAAGUCGUUAAGAUUUAAACUGAAUAAAAGAAUAUCUUAUAUAGCUAGCCAAUUCUACUUUUGAAACUUAUAAAAGAUGAGGCCUACAGUCAGGGAACGCCCAAAAUAAGGUUUUAUUAAUUUUAGCAAAGCUAAUAAUUUUGACAGUUAUAUUCAUUUUGAGGGUGUUUUAUCUUCAAGAUAUAUUUUAGUUAGUUGAUAACCCCAAAGGGCUUAGCAUGAUUUCAAUCUUUUAUUUUUUGAACAUUGUUUGCUUACAGUUGUGUAUAUACAAUGAAAUAAUAUUGUUAGCAUAUUUGAACAUGACUGUAUACAGAUUACACAUAAAAUGAUUUGUUGAUGAAUGUAUUGAUUUAGAUACGUUAAAAGUGUGAAUGUUAUUUAGUAUGUAAGACUCAUUUUGUAUUUAUACAUUAAAUAUUAAGUAUUCAUAUGAAUACAGUAGUUAGACUCUAUUAAGUUAUUGAACAUUUAUUGUAACUAUUUGAUUUGUUAAAUAUAUUUAAUGAACCUUU